AUGAGCUACGACUUCGAAGUCCGUCAGCAUGCGAACGGCGAGACAAUCCCCACAGAAUGCGACACGUCUGCCAAGGGCGAUGGAGCCCUUCCGAGUCUCUCCGAAGGUACAUGCAAGAGAUCUUCGCGCACUUUUGCCGUGAUCAGGGAAGAUGAUGGCAGCCUCAACUUCUCCGUGAGCCAGCAGAUCACACCGAUCUCCUUUACGGUCGGCAACCACACCAUCUCCGCGGACCAGAUCGAGAAGAAGGACGGGCAGGAGACAUACGUUGGGCCGAAGAGCUUCGGGCUGUACAGCUCUUAA